UGCAAUUUUCAUAGGAAAAGCAGAUGUACAAAAAUGAAGUGAGGCACACGCUUCAUAUAAUCAUGAUUUUCCACACACUUGAGUAACAUAUACUCUCCAUGGCCGAAUCAGAAUCUUAUUAGAUUGGUUGCUUUUGAAGCUUUCAACAGUGGUAAAUAUAGAUGCAAAUAGAAGCAUGAAAACCCAAUUCAGAAAUACAUGCCCUGGAGGCUGCAUCUCAUAUAUAUGUCAACUCUUGCAUUGUAAAAAGUAAAUAAAUAACUGUCCAUUGAGAAGUCAGGAAAACAUGGUAUUCAUCAUGAUAUUAUCUUCUUCAUGAUGUUUUUUAAUGGCAGUCAAAUUGCAGAAUGUUGGGAUUUCUUGUUUCUACAAAGGAUUUGGACUUUCAGAAAGCAGCUUGGUCAAAUGUGUAUCAAUAUUUAGUGAAUGUGGAAGUGCAGCCGAUAUGCAGGCUGUACUAAUGGAGAAUGACUGUUACAACUUUAUCAUGCAGUCUUCCAGGGAUAUGAUUCCUAGCUAUUAUUAUUGGAAGGCUCUCUGUACCAUGGUUCAUACUUUAUAUACUAUCUUAUCUUCAUCUGAUAUGAAAUUCAUCUUCUCAAAUGCCAUCAUAUCAGAAGAUAAAAUGAUGUGGGCUUAGAUUCAUUCUGAUCAUGAAAUUCAAAGAACAGAUAUAAUUCUCAUUUAACUUCAAUAAGCAUACGUUGAAAGCAAGUCUUGAUGUUUCUAUCAGAUCAUAUUGAUUACAGGCUUCUGCAGGCCUGAUCAUGAUCUAUCACCAUUUUCAGUAUUAAUCCAGAUUCUGCAGUUCCUCAUCUGUUGUAAGCCCAUUAGAUGGAGAAAGGGAUUGCAGAGCGGGGAAUUGAAUGUAGCUGGUCCGAUCUUACCCAGACUUUUAGCUAAUUAUAUUUUACAACUGUUAGUAAACAUCUGUAAUCAUUUUCUUAUUGUUGAAAGCUUUUACUGAAAUAUACAAGUCUGUACCA